AUGAUAGCAUUCGGACCGUUCACUAUCCUCUUGGUGUUGGCUUUGAUAUUAUCGAAAUCCACAUCGGCGCUAGAUUACCGCUCUUGCAACGAUGUCCCUGCUGUAUCGGGAAUAUACUCCAUUAGGCCUUUGGGAACUACGACGCUCUUUCAGGUCUACUGCGAGCAGGAACAGUUCGGCGGACGCUGGUUGGUUAUCCAAAAUCGUUACGAUGGCUCGGAAAACUUUAACCGUAGUUGGACGGAUUAUCAAAAUGGAUUUGGCAAUCUGCAGGGGGAGUUUUGGCUAGGACUGGAGAAGAUUCAUCAGAUUACAUUGGUGGAUGAGCAUGAAAUGUUUGUUUGGAUUGGUGACUUUAACGACUUUGAAGCCACUCAGAAGUACAGAUUUUUUGAAGUUGCGGAUGAGUUGGAUAACUUUCGGCUGUCACUCGAUGGAUGGCGAGAUGGAACGGCAGGCGAAUCCUUUUAUGUGUACCGGGACAAACCGUUUAGUACCUACGAUAGGGAUCACGAUAAUUCAAUUUUGAACUGCGCCAAAGAGAUGGGAAGCGGCUACUGGCAUUUUGAUUGCGGAACUGGAGUGAAUCGAAACAACCUUAACGGAGAGUACAGCGAUAAAAUUUUGGGGAAAAAGCGUGGCAUGUGGUGGGGCGGUUUCGGUGCAGAAAAAAAUCCUUUGAAAUGGUCCAGAAUGAUGAUCCGAACUCGAGUAUACUAA